GGACGGCAGGCUGUGCAGUCGUGCUGCGGUCACAACCAGCUACGAGCAGAAAAUGAACUCCGUGGUUAUCACGGCGCUAUGAGCCGUAAAUCCGAUGUUUUGCCGUUACUUGUGAGUGAAUAGCAAUCGAUUAAAUCAGUCGGGAUGGAGGCCAGCGCGUCCAGGAACAAGUCCGGGAUCGAAUCAGAGUUGUACUUCCUGAUCGCGAAGUUCCUGGCGUCGGGUCCCUGCACGGAGACGGCGCAGGUGCUGAAGCGAGAAUUGGAGCGUACCGAGGUACUGCCGUCGCGGCUCGACUGGGAAGCGAACGUGCACAGGCAGACGUUCGAGGAGUUGGAGCAGAAAUAUUCUCACAUCGGGCCGAAUCAUCUGCUGGAAAUAUGUGCCAGGAUUGGACCUGUAUUGGAAAAGGAAGUACCGCCAUGUGUUCUCGGAGCGUCAUCACUUCUGGGAGCAGGCAGGCAAUCCUUGUUGCGGACUCAAGAAGAUAUUACGCAUUACUCGCGCAACGUUGUCGAUUUUUCUGGAAGACUCGGUGGAAAACCCUUUCUGGAACCGACUAGUAAUGUGUUAGUGCCUAACAUAGUACGUGUACUUCAGGGACGUGAGAAUUCGGGCCCUUUAAGUCGAACGGAAGCAAUACGGACGAGGUUCUACAAUAGGAUGCAAUUGUAUCGACAUACAUUGGGUCACUUGUCAGCCGUUUAUUGCGUGCUGUUCGAUCGUACCGGCAAAUAUAUCAUAACUGGGGCAGACGACCUGCUUGUCAAAGUUUGGAGUUCCAUCGACGGACGUUUACUCGCGACUUUCCGAGGCGCGUCCGCGGAGAUCAUGGACAUCGCGGUGAAUUUCGAUAAUACUCUAUUAGCAGCCGGGAGCUUAGAUCGAUUAUUACGCGUCUGGUGUUUCCAAACGAUGUCGCCUGUGGCAGUUUUGAGCGGACACUCAGGCAUGAUUACGUCCAUCAAUUUUUGUCCAAUACCGUGUAACGAUAUUUACUACUUAGUUUCCACUAGCACUGAUGGAUCCGUAGCCUUUUGGUCACACACGAAGAAAGCGAACGAAAGAGCGGUGUUUCAGCCGAAGCCUAUUCAGUAUCAUGAAAAAAUGAGACCCGGUCAAGCACAGAUGAUUUGUGCCUCCUUCAGUCCUGGAGGUGCGUUCAUGGCGGCUGGCUCUGCCGAUCAUCACGUGAGAGUUUAUGCGAUGUUGGGGAACGAAGGGCCGCGUAGGGUCCUCGAGGUCGAGGCGCACUCUGAUACUGUCGACAGUAUUCAGUGGGCGCACAGCGGCUUAAGACUCAUUUCCGGUUCGAAAGAUGGUACCGCGCUCGUUUGGCAUUUCGAGCAACAGCAAUGGAUGCAUAAAAAGCUGUUGAUGACAACGAAGCUCCCUGGAAAACCAGAGACGAUCGAUGAUACGAGCAAAAAAAAUAACCAGCCAAAGGUAACGAUGGUUGGCUGGGACCAGAGUGACGAAUAUGUCAUAACGGCGGUGGACGAUUACUCAUUGAAAGUGUGGAACGCCAAGUCGGGUGAGCUGAUGAGGGUUCUACGCGCGCACAAGGCCGAUGUAUUUGUGCUGGAGUCGCAUCCGCAGAAUCCUCGCGUGAUACUCAGUGCCGGUCAUGAUGGGCAACUGAUCAUCUGGGACGUAUUGAAUACCGAGCCGAUAGCGUGUUACCAAAACUUUGUCGAAGGCCAGGGAAACUGUUCCGUUUACGACGCGAAAUGGUCACCCGACGGGACGAUGUUCGUCGCGACAGAUUCCAACGGACACCUUAUGAUGUACGGGUUUGGUUCCGGCGUCGAAAAACUGAAAAUAGUGCCGAAGGAAUUAUUCUUCCACACUGAUUACCGCCCCUUAAUAAGAGAUGGAAAUAAUUACGUUCUCGAUGAACAGACGCAAACAGCGCCGCAUUUAAUGCCACCCCCAUUCCUCGUUGACGUGGAUGGCAAUCCCUAUCCACCAACGCUGCAGAGAUUGGUACCAGGAAGAGAGAACUGUAGAGGAGAACAGCUGGUGCCAAAUAUUGCCGUUGGUGCUGGUGGAAUGCAAGAGGUUAUAGAAGGUCUUCCAGAGCAAGAGCCGAGAUCGAACAUAGAUCGGCUAAUCGAGGCUCUCGCUCAGAGACAAAAUAUCGAUGUUGACGGAGAGGGUGGGGAAGACAGGGGAGACAAUAAUGCUGCGGAACAACCGGUCCGUCAUGCAGCGAGUCCCCGUGGUAGCAGGGCUGGUCUAAGAAGAGAAGGCAAUGUUGAGGGCGUCCGACAAAGUAGCGGCAAUUGGCAAAGAGACAACACUACGCCAUGGAAUAAGCCUAUUCUCGCUCGUCCUAUGAAGGAGUCCGUCAGACAGAAUCAAGCUGAAGCACUUCAGGCGAUGGCUGAUAUGGAAUUUGAUACCUAUCAGCGGGAAAUGCGACGCAGGCCGCAGCCUACAUCGAGUACCGCGACUAAUCAAGGAAAUGCAGGGAACAAGCCUGUAAAUCGCCGACGCAAUAAAACCACCAGGCAUGGUUAUAGAACUAGAGCAGCGCGCGGUGAGGAACAGGAGGAAGAAGAAUUCGAGAAUCUUGAUAAUCCUGCCACGUCGGCGAGUUCGACCAGCAGCAACAGCAAUGAUUCCACUGCUCGCGAGGAGGAUAUGUGCGAGGAUAGCUCUAGCACGGAAUCAAGUACGGAAUAUUCGGAUUGGAUUGCAGAUCACGGAGUAAAUCUGGAGCCACCCAAGCGCAGUAAGCGCAAACGCGUAAAGAGAAGGUCUCGCACACCUAGUCGCACACCGCCUAGCGACACGGACAGAAGACGCAGUAAACGUCCUAAGAAAAGACAGCAUAUAGUUAAUGGUAAUCGGGAAGUCCCUGAAAUUUAUCGUCCCUCGGAGUGGCUUACCGAGGUAAUACCGAGGAAGGCUCCUUAUUAUCCGCAGAUGGGCGACGAAAUUGUAUAUUUCAGACAAGGUCACAAAUUGUAUCUAGAUGCAGUUAGGAAUAAAAAGAUUUAUGAGCUUAGUCCACGCUGCGAGCCAUGGACCAAGAUGGAUAUCAGAGCACAAGAGUUUGUGAAAGUAGUCGGCAUUAGAUAUGAGAUACGACCGCCUCGGUUGUGCUGCUUGAAAUUGGCAUUGAUGGACGAAGACGGUCGGCUUACCGGGCAGAAUUUUACUAUCAAGUAUCACGAUAUGGCGGAUGUGCUGGAUUUCCUAGUGCUGCGUCAGACCUUCGAUACGGCGUUGGCGCGUAGUUGGUCCGAAAAUGACAAGUUCCGUUGUAUGAUCGACGACGGUUGGUGGAUGGGGCAGAUUAUAUCUAUGGAGCCGUUGGAGGACGAUUUCCCAGAAUCGUUCUUCAUGUGCUUCCGCGUCAGGUGGGAUAACGGGGAAUACGAACGUAUGAGUCCUUGGGACCUUGAACCGGUUGAUGAAGACAGACUUCCCAUGGAGGUCGGUGGCGCGGUUCCCGUCCGGCCAGAGGAGAUACAAGCGAUACUCUUCCAACCCCAUACGGAAGAGUGGCCGAUGGGCGACAGGGAAGCGACGUGUCGUCGAAUCAUACGAGGGUUGGAUCAAGUAAUGAGCCUCGCAAUCGCGGAACCAUUCGUGGCACCGGUGGAUCUCAGUCUUUAUCCGUCUUAUGCAUAUAUUGUGGAGUAUCCAAUCGACUUGUCGACGAUAAAGGCUCGUUUCGAUAAUCACUUUUAUAGAAGAAUCACGUCGGCCCAAUUCGACGUUAGGUACUUGGCAAAGAAUGCUGAACAGUUUAACGAGCCGCACAGUGAGAUAGUGAAAAAAGCGAGAAUAGUCACCGACCUGUGUCUGCGCAUAAUAAAGGAACCCAUCGACAUGGACGUCCCGGCGGUGUAUCACCAAUUGGCUGACACGUAUCAUUCCUCCGAUUCCGAGAUGGAGGACAAACCUUCGACGAGCAAACAAAAGUCUAACAAAAAUGUAAAAGGUUUGCAGAUAGAAAUCCCACAAGAUUGGAGACCAGCGUGUCUCCAGUUAUUGGAUACCUUGUGGCAGUGCGAAGAUUCGAUCCCUUUCAGAGAGCCAGUUGACAGAUUUGAACAUCCAGAAUAUCAUCAAAUCAUAGACACGCCGAUGGAUCUGCGCACCGUCAAGGAGGACCUGCUGGGCGGCAAUUACGAGAUGCCGUCGGAAUUUGCCAAAGACAUGAGAUUGAUAUUUACGAAUAGUAGGAACUAUAAUACGAACAAACGCUCGAUGAUAUAUUCGAUGACGAUGAGACUGUCGGCCAUGUUCGAGGAACACAUGCGUAAAAUACUUUCGAAUUGGAAAUCACGGAGACGUGCGAAUAACGCGAAGAAAAAGAAGGGGAAAGGGAAGCAGAAGAAAAGGAAACAUCGCUUGAGCAACGGCACGGGACCAUCCAAGUCGAAGUCUGUUCCUAGCGACGAUGAUGAUGAGGAUGAUGUAAAUAGCGAAGAUGAAGAGUCGGGUAAAGAGCAGAAAAAGAAAAGUACUGACGUAUUUGCACCCGGACCAUCUCGAAUGACAAACGGUCACUCGAAGCGAUCCUCCGGCACAUCCCGGCCGACGCUGAAACUGCGGAUUUACCGAUCGACCGUGUCGAAGAAGCCAAAAGACAGUGAUAGUGACGCUAGUGAGUCCGAGGCGUCGUCGGAGACCAACAGCAGUGACAGUGCCCCUGUCCGAAGAACUAGAGCGAGAACGGCGGUAGCUAGUGUUAGUGCCGAUUCGGAUUCCGGGGAGAUUUAUACACCCGGUGGCCGGAGAUCAGUUCGAAAGAAUCGUGGGAAAAAUAUUAAGAACGGUAAGCAUAAAGCCAAGCAUAAAUCCAAAGUGAAAGCGAACGUUAUCGCGGACGACGACGACGACGACGACGAUGACGAUGACGAAUACAUUGUGGAGAACAAAGUGAACGAGGUCAACGAAGAAGACGAGGAGGAUGAUGAGGAGCCGUUCAUCGCGCCGGACUCCUCGGAAGAAGAGAGCGAGGACGAGAAAUUCAUCAGAAGAGACACUAGGUCGCGGAAAUUGGUGAGCGAGGCUGAGCACAACCAGAAAUACACCGCUAAAAACGGGAAGAACAGCGAUAGCGAGAGUGAAGAGGAGGAGCAGGAGCAGGAGGUACAGGAAGAGGAGGAAGAAGAGGAGGAGCAGUCGCAGAAUGAGGUCAACAAUCAAGACUCUGACAGCGAUUACUCGUACAAGGAGCUGAAGUCAUUGCGUUCGAGUAGACGGAAACCGCGCGGUUACGCGGCCACCAAUUCCCACGACACGAGACAACAACAGCUCGGCAGCAGGCGUUGCUCCAAUCGAAAGCGUCCUCGUUACAACGAGGAAAGCGACGACAGCAGCGUGGCGCCGACAGCAACGAUGCGAAACCGGCGCAAGAUCAUACGACGCUCGUACGCGGAGGACAGCGACGAUAGCAUACCAGAGCCUGGCAUUAGCAUAAGCAGCAGAGGUCGCAUACGGAAAAUGACGCCGCGUGCACGCGCUUAUCUCCUAGAAUCACCUUAACGACAUCUCCUAUGUUAGUAGAAAUCAUGUGUAUAAUAAGGAACAUUCAGAUACAUAAAUCCUCGAUGACCGCACAUUGGAAAGGAAAAAAAAAAACUGCAGGUACGAGAAGAGGAAUAGUUCUUAAGUUUGUGUAUUUACCCCAUUUCGAUUCAUUUUACGUGUAAAUACUAAAUGUUUAUGCAUACAGAAUAUUAUGAUGUAUGAACAUAAGAUGAUACAUGUACGACAGAUCAAGCAGGUUGCUACUGUGAAGUACUUCCGUUUUUUUAUGAAGCGGUUCGUUCUUCGAAGCUGGCACUCUUUUCCUUUUUUUAUUUUAUUAUACUUGUCUGUUUGCUACCGAGUAAUGAAGUAGAAUAAUGAUACUGGUGGAAAUAGAAGCGUCAGAGAGAAGAAACGCAAGAAGAAAAGACACGCGAUACUUUCGUGUCUGCGUGGUCAUUCUGUACUGUAUUAUUUGUAGGUUUUCUCGAAUUCAUAACAAGAAACGGGCUCAUAUAAAGUUUUACUCAUUUAUAGAAGAGUUUUAUCGUGUUACAAAGAUACAAUUACCUUUAUUAGCCAUCUUGAAACUAUGAAAGCACACACGAGCACACUACUCGUGAAAAUUCAUAAAUGUAAAGAAAUACGUUUGGUUGUGCAAUUGCUUCCAUUGAUUUCUAAGAUUUGAUUGACAAAUGAGUACCUACGAUCGUAAAAAGAGAAUUAAUAUCAUAAAUCAUGUUGGAAAGUUGUAGCAAAAACCGUCUUUUUAGUCUUUUCGAAGAGACGGAGCAAGUUGAACAAUGCACUUAUGAAAUUAAUCAAGUCAUCGUUUUAGCAGAUUAUGAUGUUAUAAGAGAGUUACUCGUUGAGAGUUUAUCCACUGAUAUCUUGCUUUUUUUUUAAAUAUGUUGAAUCGUAAAAACAUAUAUCAAUAUUUUCUUUCUCUGUGAAAGAUUCUCAAGGAAAAUGUAAGGAAACGAAAGUCGUAGGCAGUAAUUAUAUGAGCUUAUCUGAUUUCUAUACAUCGCUCCAUAGCUUCGUAGCUUGUUACAACACUCGGUUACCUAUUUAAACAGCAAAUUCUAACCGAUUAAGACCCGGUUCCACCAACGUCGCUUAAUUUUAACCAUAGUUUAAUUCAUUCUUUGUCUCGUUCUAAGAUGAGUAAUUAGAAAGAGACGAAAAGUGAAUUAAACUACGGUUAAAGUUAAGCGACUUCGGUGGAACCGGGCAUUAAUGAUUUUGUAAUAUAAGUAUGAUAGAUUAGUAGCUGUAAUAAUAAUAUUGGUGUGUAGUUAACAUAACGAAGAACUGAUUUUAUUUGACAGAAUGAUAAAAUUGAUUAGAUAGUACAAGAAGGUAUUUUUAUCUUUUCUUUUUUUCUCGUCUUCUUUUCUGUCUUUCGGAAAACUUGUUACGAGCGCUGCUUUCAUUUUUCACGAUUUCUCUCAUCACUCGAGUACAGCACGUGCUGCUUGUGGAAGAAGCAAAUCCCCGUACAUGUAAAUAUAUAUAUUGUAUCUACUCAAGUAUUGUAUUCUCCUUUCUUCUUUUUACUAUUGACGUUACAUAAAAGAUAACACAUGACUUAUGCAUAUAGUCCGCAAGAUUGCGCGCAAGAUAACAUUUUUUAUAUAGAGUUUGUAUAUCUUACGGAUCUCUAGGGAGACUUUUGUGGUCAUGCAAUUUUAGAGUUUUUCACGAAGACAAAUAGAUGUUUUCCAGAUUUAUAUAUAACGUGAACUCUCUCUUGAACCGAUUAAGCAUUACGUAGUUGUAUAAAUAAUUAACGUAAGACAGUUGUGCCGCAAACUAACAUAGUUUAACAAGACACAUGCACAAAAUCAUCAGAACAUCAUUUUGACUGUCUCGAGCUAUUGUGAUAUUAGUUUAAGAAUACUGGAUAUAUAUAUAUAUAUAUAUAUAUAUAUGAUAAUGUAAAUUAUCGAUAAUUAGGAUUACAAUGGAAUAUUUUUUUAAUGACUUAAAUAAGAGAGUCAUAUCACAUAGACUCGAUGCAUCCAGCCUUCGAAUAAUAAUAUUAUUUAACGAUGUUAACUUUGGUCUCACACUAUUGUAUAACUGAUAUAUUUCACACUAUAAAUACCCAGAGGUAAUAUAAUUUUAUGUAUAUAAACUCUGCCGGAUACACACACGGAUUUAAUGCGGAAAUAGUUUCCUUUUAUGUACAGUUUGACACUUAUUCUGUUGUGAAAUUAGCGUGCUCUGUUACAUGUUUCUUCGAAACCCACCGUCACCAAUAAAAAAAAAUUAAAUUGUUUUACAUA